ACAAAAACCCUGAGAGAGUGAGGGUUGAAAAAGAGAGUGGUGGACCUGAAGCUCUGCAGAGACGCAGCAGAGACGCAGCAGAGACGCAUUAGAGACAACAAGGAAGACUUCUUCUUCAAACCUUUAGGAACAAUCGCUAGAACCUUCUCUCUCACUCUCUCUCUCUCUCUCCUUCACACACACAACCACAGAGUGUGUGCAGCAGCAGCAGCAGCAGCAGCAUGAUGUUCCAGUGGGGGCUCCCCCAGGUGGUGUGCCUGCUGUCCCUGUCCGUGUCCCUGCUCCUGGCCUACGACGACGGCGACAUCGAGGUGAACUACGGCGACUACAGCUUCAAUGAAAUCUCACCUGUGUUCACACCAGAGGCUCCGGCAGAACCAGAACCCGAGCCCACCGCCACGCCCUGCAGCUCCAAGGACCUGACCAAGUGGGACAAGCUCUUCUCCAUGUUAGAGAACAGCCAGAUGAGGGAGAACAUGCUGCUCCAGUACGCCGAUGACAUCAUCAAGGUGGAGAUGGGGUCACUGCGUGAAGAACUAACCAGGUCUGUGGCCCCGACCGGUGGCUCCUGUGGGGCCGCGGCGGAGUCGGCAGGAAGGAGACUGGCCUCGCAGCUCGAGGACGGCCUCAAAGAAACCCUGGAGCGCCUCAGAACCGAAGAUCGGCUCUCGGCCGCUGCUGGGAAUUCAGUGGCUGCUCCCGAUAACCUGGAGUGGACGCUGGCUCAGCUCCUCUCGGCGGCGCAGGCCCAAGCUGCCCGACUCGCCAAGUUGGAGUCCGGCUGCUUCAGUGGCCCGGGGGCAGGAAAAGGGGGCAGUAGAAAUGGAGGAUUUCCACAUGCUGAUGGGGCCAAGCACUGGGAGCAGGAGGUCACCCCGCAGAUGGAGCCCCUCGAUGGAACCCUGGCUGAGGUGUGUCAGACGAAGGCGGAGCUGGAGGAGGUGCUGAGGUCACUGAGGCGCAGGAACCUACCCGCAGGCUGUGAGAUGGCGCUCCUCUUCCCGAUGCGCUCCCGUCGAAUCUUCACCUCCGUUUUCCCCGACGCUCCUCUCUCCGUCUCCUCCUUUACCGCCUGCAUGUGGGUGAAGCCGACCGCCACCGCCAACAAAACCGUGCUCCUGUCCUACGGGAACCGCCGAAACCCUUACGAGAUCCAGUUGCUGCUCGGCCAAUCCUCAGCUCUCCUGACCGUGGGCGGAGAGGCUCACCUGGUGGAGGCGCGUGGCGUGGUGCGGCCGGGAGAGUGGCUCCAUCUGUGCGGAACCUGGUCCUCCGUGCAGGGGAUGGCCACCCUGUGGGCAGGAGGGCAGAAGGUGGCGUCCACGCCUGGGGUGGCUGAGGGGCUCGUCCUAUCAGACGAAGGCGCGCUCCAGCUGGGGCAGGAGAGGAACAGCUGCUGUCGUGGAAUCGGCGCGGAAGGGUUCGAAACGAGCUUCGACCGCCAGCUGGCGUUCACCGGGAAGAUGACGGGCGUGAACAUGUGGGACAGGGUGCUGUCGGCGGAGGAGAUCUCCCAGCUGGCCGAGCGGGACGGCCAAGGCUGCGAGCGGAGAGGAAACAUAGUGGCGUGGGGUACGACAGAGAUGGUGCCACAUGCAGGCGCUCAGUUCGUCUUCUAGAAGACUCUGUUUCAGCGUUCAGAGGCAUCGCAGAGAAGUUCCACA